GCUAAGGGAUGACAACUUCUCACAGGACUCGUUUUCUUCUUCUUCUUCAUAUUAUCUUUUCCUCAUUUCUACCCUUGAAGAUCAGUUCAUCAGCAACAACUGAAGCACAAGCUCUUGUCAAGUGGAAGAACAGCUUAUCAUCUUCCUCUCUUGAUUCAUGGUCUCUCAACAGUGUUACAAGCCUUUGCAGUUGGACCGGAAUUGUCUGCAACAGGGCCGGGACAACAAUUUCCGGGAUAAAUCUCUCCGGUGCUAAUAUUACGGGAACUCUUGACCAACUUGAUUUCACAUCACUCGCAAAUGUCGCAGUUUUCAAUCUCAAUGGCAACAACUUCAGUGGGUUCAUACCAUCCGGCAUUGGCAAUCUCUCCAAGCUCAUUUUCUUGGAUUUAAGCAACAAUUUAUUCGAGGACAUCAUACCAGUGGAUAUUGGGAACUUGAAGGAGCUGCAGUACUUGAGCUUUGUCAAUAACAACCUGAAUGGUACUUUGCCAUAUCAGAUUGGCAAACUUCAAAAGGUACGGCACUUGGACCUUGGUUCAAACUACUUAGAGAAUCCUGAUUGGUCGAAGUUUACAAGCUUCCCUUUGUUAACUCACCUCAGCAUCUCUUACAAUGAACUCACCUUGGGAUUUCCAGAUUUCAUCCCUCGUUGUAAGAACCUGACUUACCUAGACUUGUCCGUUAACCACUUGACUGGACCGAUUCCUGAACCAGUAUUCACCGAUUUAGAUAAGCUUGAGUACCUAAAUCUUACUGGCAACUCAUUUCAAGGGCCAUUGUCACCAUUUACCAAUCUGUCCAAGUUAAAAGUGCUUCGGUUAGCAGAAAACAACUUCUCUGGUUCAAUCCCAGAGGGCAUUAGUUUGUUGCCUGAUCUUUCAAUGCUUGAGUUGCAUAACAAUUCAUUUCAAGGAAAGAUUCCAUCUUCCAUAGGUCAACUGAAAAAUCUUCAAGCACUUGAUCUAAGGAUAAAUCGCCUGAAUUCUACAAUUCCUUCUGAGCUUGGCUUGUGUACUAAUCUCACCUACUUAGCUCUAGCCUUGAAUUCUCUUACUGGUCCCUUGCCUUUGUCGUUGUCCAGUCUGAUCAAGAUAUCUGAUUUGGGAUUGUCUGAUAAUUCUCUUUCUGGUCAAAUCUCCCCUCAUUUCAUAGGUAACUGGACUGGAUUGACUUCGUUGCAGCUUCAGAAUAAUCGUUUCUCUGGGAGAAUUCCCUCAGAAAUUGGACUCCUGCUAAACCUAAAUAUUCUUUUUCUGUACAAUAAUCAGUUCUCAGGCACCAUACCACCAGAAAUUGGAAACUUGCAAAGUUUGACGGUUCUGGAUCUUUCUGGUAACCAGCUUUCUGGUCCAAUACCGCCAAAACUUGGAAACCUCACAAAUCUUCAAAUGUUGCAACUAUUUUCCAACAAUCUGAGUGGAACAAUUCCACCAGAGAUCGGAAAUUUAACUGCGCUUACUUCUCUUAGUCUCAAUGGCAACCAAUUCAAUGGAGACUUGCCUGACGAAAUCUCUAAUCUUAGUAAUCUGCAGACUCUCUCCCUCUUUACAAAUAAGUUUUCCGGUAUCAUUCCCAGGGACUUGGGGAAGAACAGUCCUUUUUUGGCAAAUGUAAGCUUUUCAAAUAACAGCUUUACUGGUCAACUGCCACCAGAAAUAUGUAGUGGUUUUGCUUUGGAGGAAUUCACGGUGAAUGGAAAUUAUUUGACAGGGCCGUUGCCCGGGUGCUUGAAGAACUGCUCCAAAUUAGUCAGAGUGAGGAUGGAAGGAAACAAGUUUUCUGGAAGUGUAUCAGAGACAUUCGGAGUUCAUCCAGCCCUUGAGUUUAUCUCUCUUAGUGGCAGCCAACUUACAGGCCAGCUUUCACCUCAAUGGGGGCAGUGUCAGAACCUUACAAAUCUACAAAUGGAUGGAAACAAGAUAUCUGGUAGGAUUCCAGCUGAGCUAGGGAAUUUGGCACGGUUAGGUGUCCUUAACUUGGGAUCAAAUGAAUUGACUGGUGAAAUUCCAGAAGAGCUCGGGAAUCUAGCCCCGCUUUUCAAUCUCAACUUGAGCAACAAUCAGCUGAGAGGACAGAUCCCUAAAAGCAUUAGCAAAUUGACAAAGCUGCAAUAUCUUGAUUUUUCAAUAAAUAAACUGAAUGGAGGCAUACCGGAAGGCCUUGGCGAUUGCCAGGGCUUAUUGACUUUAGAUUUGAGCGACAACAUGUUAUCAGGUGAUAUACCAUCUGAACUGGCGAACUUGAUGGGAUUACAGUAUCUUUUGGAUCUCAGUAACAACUCGCUAUCAGGAAUGAUUCCGCCAGACUUGGGAAGGCUUACCUCGCUGGAGAUAUUUAAUGUAUCACAUAAUGAUCUCUCAGGUAGAAUUCCAUCAGCAUUGUCUGGCAUGGCUAGUUUACGGGGCAUUGACUUCUCUUACAAUCAGUUGUCUGGUCCAAUUCCCAGUAAUAGCAUUUUCCGGGUAGCUCCAGCUACAGCUUUUAUUGGAAACUCUGGUUUAUGUGGAGAUGCAAAAGGAUUGUCGAGCUGUUCUUCAAAUGAACCAAGGAAUUCAAAGAACAGCAACAAGAAGGUUAUUAUUGGUGCAACUGUUCCGGCUGUAUGUCUCAUUCUUCUAGCAACCAUCAUUGCUGGAUGCUGCAUGUUUCGAGGAAAGGCAAAGCAGCAUGAUGAAGAGGCUAAAAUUUCCAAGGGAUUUGAGAGUUCAGAAUCUCUAAUAUGGGAAAAAGAAGGGAAAUUUACAUUUGGUGAUAUUGCAAAAGCUACAGAAGGCUUCAGUGAGAAAUUUUGCAUUGGAAGAGGAGGAUUUGGAAGCGUAUAUAAAGCAGCCAUACCCAACGGUCAGAUUGUGGCAGUCAAAAAGCUCAACAUGUCAGAUUCCAAUGAUAUUCCAUUGACAAACCGGCGCAGUUUCGAAAAUGAGAUAAAAACUCUGACAGAAGUACGUCACAGAAAUAUCAUCAAGCUUCAUGGAUUUUGCUCAAAGUGGGGAUGCAUGUAUUUGGUAUACGAGUACAUCGAAAGAGGUAGCUUGGGAAAAAUUCUGUACGAUGAUGAGAUGGCAAUUGAUCUGGAUUGGAGUACAAGGGUGAGAAUAGUACAGGGAGUGGCUCAUGCACUUUCUUACUUGCACCAUGAUUGCUCUCCACCUAUUGUCCAUCGAGAUGUAUCAAUAAAUAACAUUCUUCUUGAGUCAGAAUUUGAGCCAAGACUUUCAGAUUUUGGCACAGCAAAACUACUAAAUUCAGAUUCAUCCAACUGGACUACAGUUGCUGGUUCUUAUGGCUAUAUGGCACCAGAGCUUGCGAUGACCAUGCGGGUUACUGAGAAAUGUGACGUUUAUAGCUUUGGAGUGGUUGCGUUGGAAGUUAUGAUGGGAAAGCAUCCAGGAGAACUUGUGUCUUCACUGUCAUCUGCAACAGCCUCGAUUGAUUCCGAUACACUUCUGAAGGACCUCCUUGACCAAAGGCUGCCACCCCCCAGAGGACGAUCAGCCGAGGAAGUGGUGUUUGUGGUCACUUUAGCUUUAGCAUGCACUCGCACAACUCCAGAGACACGGCCAACCAUGCGUUCCGUUGCUCAAGAAUUAGCUGCUCAAACCCAGGCUUACCUCCCGGAACCCCUCGGAAGAAUAACAAUUGGCAAGCUAACCAGUUAUCAGAAAUAGGGAUUUCUAGAAACUAGUAGGCAAGCUUUGUUAGUUUGGUGGGCAGGGUGAAGCAAUAAUGCCCCACGCAUCAUAGUUGAUGGUAGCUAAUAACUGCAAGAUAUGUACAGCCGCAAAAUUUUCUACCCAAGAAUGAAUGCCGUAUUCCAAUUUUGAU